AUGCCAGACGUAAACUCCGUACCCAAGUCGCCGCAGGGUGUAUCCAGUCCACAGGCACUCACACCUGCGGCACCUCGACCGCCGUCCUUGACAGCCUCAAGAAGGACGUCGACACAGAUGCUACCUCCACCUCUUCCCCAGAAUACGAGCCUGCCGAGCUCUCCCCGACCAACACAGGCCGCAAUGAUGGACAACACGGGCGUCGGGAUCGGGCCAGGACCCAUCCGUCACCCUAGACCUCUGACAGCAGCGGAACUACACUUGGAGCUGGAGAAGGAGCAAGAGAGCAUUGUCAAUCGCCUGACGCGCGAACUCUCGGCCCUGCGAGCCCAAACCGCCUCGGUCGCAUCCACCACAUCCUCGACGUCCGACCAUUUCUUCUCCUCCGCCGCGGCGGACCCCUACAGCACAAACACCAGCGGCAACGCCAUCAUCCCGACGGCGACGCGCCGCCACCGCUCCUCGUCAAACCUCUCGACCCGCUCGGCGCGCUCCAUCCGCGAAAGCCUGGUCAAUGCCGCCAACACGAGCGUCUCCGGCGUAGCAGCACCGCGAGAUCAGUCCGUGCAGGCGAGCGCCCGACCGAGCAUGGACAUGCCCCGACCGGACAUGAGCAGGCAGAACUCGACCUCCGCGUCCGGCUUCCGCUCCAGCAGCUCCAUGACGUCCUCGCCGCACAUAUCGCAGGGGGCCGGGGCCGGGGCAUAUGCGUACCCGCAUCACCGCAGCUCUGUAUCCUCCUCCAAUGUGAAUGUGGAUGCCUCCUCCUCGUCUUCAGGUGCGCCCGCGCCGCAUGCGGCCAUGACGCGGAGUCCCAGCUCGAAUGCGGCGCUCGCGCAAGCGAGGUAUGAAGAAGCGGCAUUACAGCGCGCGGAGCUCGACGCGGUGAAGAGGGAGAAUGAGGCGUUGAGGGCCCGGGUGAAGGAUCUGGAGAGGAGUCUACAGCGCGCGAAUGAGUUGGGGGCGACGAUAGCAACAACGGGGACGCCGACGCCGACGCCGACGUCGACUGCUCACUGA